CAGCAAUACAUUUGUGUCUGGUGGUCUUGUGGGGGUCUUCGGGGGUCUUGCAGUAGUGAUGCAGUCUAUUUGGUGUGCAGCCCUGACUACUGGGCCCUCCGUUUCCACGUCAACACAUCUGCUGUGUGCUACUGCGCCUGCGCCCAUUCUAAUAAACCAAGAACGGACUGGGAUCAAGGGAGGAAGACAGAACAGGAAGAAGAUCAGAGGAACCGAAACAACCUGCGAGAGUGAAAAAGAGACCAAUAGCAACCGUAAAAGUCACGGUUAUCCACCUUAAUUUUUGUCGGUAAAGGAUAGUGCUAUGACAAUGAACCAGUGCGUGCACGGGAUGAUCUAUCUGGCGGUUCUGGUGGCGUUUGCCGCCUGUGACGCCCCUCCGGUACCGUUAGAUGACAUCGUGAUUGAGAAAACGUUCGUGCCGGAGCAGUGCGGGCGCGCUGUGAAAGUAGGGGACUAUGUCCGUUACCACUAUAACGGCAUGUUCCCCGAUGGAAAGAAGUUUGACUCCAGCUAUGACCGCGGUAGCACCUACAAUGUUUAUGUGGGUAAGAAGAAGCUGAUUGAAGGGAUGGACAGAGCUCUGGUAGGGAUGUGUGUCAACGAGAGACGCCUGGUCACCAUCCCCCCACAACUGGCCUAUGGGAAGGAAGGAUACGGUGAUGUCAUCCCUUCAGACGCAACCCUCAAUUUUGACGUUCUGUUGUUGGACGUGUGGAACCCUGACGACGGGGUUCAGAGUGAGGCGUACUACACCCCUGAGAGCUGCUCUCGGAAGGUAGAGGUGUCAGACUACGUACGAUACCACUACAACGGAACACUGCUGGACGGAACACUGUUCGACUCCAGCCACACCCGUUUGCGUACCUACGACACCUAUGUGGGGAUUGGCUGGCUGAUUGCUGGCAUGGACCAGGGCCUUCUGGGCAUGUGUGUUGGGGAGAGACGCAUCAUCACCAUGCCCCCUUCGCUAGGAUACGGAUCAAACGGAGAUGGUAGUGAUAUCCCAGGCCAGGCCUCCCUGGUGUUUGAUGUAGUCCUCUUGGACCUCCAUAACCCUAAAGACGGCAUCACUAUAACCAACCAGGACAUACCUCAACCCUGCCUCAGGAAGAGUAUAUCUGGGGACUUUAUCCGAUACCACUAUAACGGAUCACUACUGGACGGGACCUUCUUUGACUCCAGUUACUCUCGUAACCGUACCUAUGACACGUACGUGGGUAAGGGCUCUUUGAUUGGUGGGAUGGACGAGGGCCUGAUCGGAGUCUGCAUCGGAGAGAGAAGACGCAUCACCAUCCCACCUCACCUCGGAUACGGAGAGGAGGGUACAGGUACUAAGAUCCCAGGUUCUGCUGUCUUGGUGUUUGAUAUCCAUAUCAUAGACUUCCACAACCCAUCAGACACAGUGGUGAUCACUACCAACUAUAAACCAGAGGUGUGUGAGACGCUGGCUAAGAAAGGAGACUUUGUUAAAUACCACUACAACGCAUCACUCAUGGAUGGAUCCUUCAUCGACUCCACGUAUAACUAUGGGAAGACAUAUAACAUUGUGCUGGGAGCCAACCAGGUGGUUCCUGGGAUGGAGGAAGGGCUGAAGGAGAUGUGUGUUGGAGAGAGAAGACACCUGGUCAUACCUCCUCACCUGGGCUACGGAGAGAGGGGAGUGGAUGGUGAGGUGCCGGCCAGUGCUGUCCUGGUCUUCGACAUCGAGAUGAUCGAGAUGGAGGCGGGCCUUCCUGACGGGUACAUGUUCAUCUGGAACGAGGAGGUAUCAGCUGACCUCUUCACUGAGAUGGACGCAGACAAGGACCUACAGGUGUUGGCCUCAGAGUUCUCAGACUAUAUCCUGCGUCAGGUGAACGAGGGGAAAGGUCGCCUUGCCCCUGGGUUUAACGCAAAUCUCAUCAUCGAGAACAUGUUCUCCAACCAGGACCGUAAUGGAGACGGAAAGAUCACUGAGGAGGAGUUCAAACUGAAGGCCGACGAGACCCCACACGACGAGCUCUAAAACAGACUAGACCCCACACAACAAGCUCUAAAACAGACUAGACCCCACACGACGAGCUCUAAAACAGACUAGACCCCACACGACGAGCUCUAAGACAGACUAGACCCCACACGACGAGCUCUAAGACAGACUAGAUCCCACACGACGAGCUCUAAAACAGACUAGACCCCACACGACGAGCUCUAAAACAGACUAGACUCCACACGACGAGCUCUAAGACAGACUAGACCCCACACGACGAGCUCUAAGACAGACUAGACUCCACACGACGAGCUCUAAGACAGACUAGACCCCACACGACGAGCUCUAAGACAGACUAGACCCCACACGACGAGCUCUAAGACAGACUAGACCCCACACGACGAGCUCUAAGACAGACUAGACCCCACACGACGAGCUCUAAGACAGACUAGACCCCACACGACGAGCUCUAAGACAGACUAGACCCCACACGACGAGCUCUAAAACAGACUAGACCCCACACGACGAGCU